GCUCUCUUCUCGUUCUGCGGCUGUUGGUUGCGGCGGCGCUCGUUCUCUGCCGUCGACGGCGAGGGAAUGGAUGGGUCUGGUAUGGAGUUCCUGCUGGACACCGUCGACAGGUCGGAGAAGAUGGCCCAGAUAGAGCGCGGCAGUACCGGAGCGCGGGAAGCUGUGCGCCCUCGCCGUGAUGCAUCUCCGACGAGGUCGGUGCAGUCGAUCGACAGAGUCAAUCCAGAGGCCCCUGGCUGGACUAAAAGGCUUUGUCUAGGGAGUGCGCCACCGGACCGGGCACCAUGUCCUUCUCGGAUGAGCGCUCUGGAGCAGUCGGUUCGCAAGUAUGCAGAGGAACCUGAUAAGAGUCUAGUACUUCCUGAACUUGGCCUCAACUUUGAUUCGUCGGGCGAGGCCUACGAUUUCAUAAUUUGUACUAUUGGGAGAUCGGUACUGGAAUAAGGUCCACCUAGAGGACAAACUGCAUGCAGGAGAUCGUGUAUGGUUGCUCGGUGAGUAUUGAAGUUGGUGCCAAAUUUUAAAAGUUCAUAUUGAAGAGAGGGGAGCGCCCAAGAAACCACGGAAGCCAGGACAAUGCUAGAACUGCGGGAUAGAAGGGCAUUGCAGGAACACUUGCACAAGACCACUGGGUGUUGCUGACAAAUGAGUUAUGAAUUUUCAGUUUCUAAUAUGUAGUGUUGUUAUUUCGGAGAUUUUCUAUUGUGUUUCAGUUGGGCACUUCUCCACGCUUGUUCCUCACUCUACAACGGCGUGUGACAUAGUGUAUCGUAGCAAAAACUAUGUUUAUGAUUGUCUGAACUCUGUUUGCUUAA